AUGACGGCUGUCGCAACCGCACCCGUGAUGAGUAACCAUGACUCCGGGGCGGAGCCCCGAACAGACCACAGCCCAUCUCGCUUUACAGCGGUCAAUGGCAGAGACGCGAUCGCAUCCACCCCCCAUGGAGGACCGACUGCGGUUCCAGGCACCAUGAACCAAGGGGAAAGAGUCGCCGCGGCAGCGGCAGCGCCAGUCUCAAGCGACAAUGCGGACCCGUCGCGCGACAGCUUGGGUACCCGAGGCGAUCACCACGAAGACUCGCAACGAUCCUCACCGUCCGAGUCUAAUAAGCAUAAGCGGAAGCGGUCGGGCUCGGGGGACCAGGAAGCCCAGCAGCCUCCAGACCCUAGCUAUCACCAUCCUCCUCCUCCUCCUCCCCCUCUCCCUCCUCAUCACCACCAUCACCACCAUGUCGGUCGCGGCUCCAUCGGCCAUUCGGAGGAACCGUCCCCUCUCCCUGCGAAUGGAACGGGCCCAGGAUCGGUUUCCUCCGAAAUGGACUCGAUCAACCCGGUCGCUGCCUCGGGCCACCGAUCGGAUACGAAUGAGACAUCGCAGCCUCCAUCCACGGGUCCGUGGCCCGAUUAUGACACCCAUUUGAUCAGUCAGGCCCAACGGGCGCAACAAAUCGAUCCAUCAGACGCUCACUUGGCUGAUGCCCUCCAGCGAGAUGCGCAAGGCCCGGACCACUCCCGCAAUGGAGGAAACGACCGCUCCGUGCCGCCAGCCUCGUCCCCAUCCUAUGUCUCGGAGCGUGCGACGGGCGCGGUUCAAGUCGCGCCGAAGCGAAAGCGUGUCUUUAGCAACCGCACCAAGACGGGAUGUAUGACCUGUCGCCGCCGAAAGAAGAAAUGUGAUGAGCAACACCCUGCGUGCAACAAUUGCAUCCGCGGAGGGUUCUUGUGCGAAGGAUACACCUCACGAAGUACCUGGCAGAAACCUUCAACAACGAAAGCACCCGUUCCGUUGCAGUCCAAGGAAGGCUAUGCCGAUAUGAGUGGCCAGUACCUUCCUGAACCUACUGCCCAUCAUGACCGACCACCCUCGGGAUUGCCCGAUCAUAUGGAAUCGCGGAAGAUGAGACCAUUGGGCGAGGAUAAUGAGCGUAUCACCCAGCCAUAUACCACCAGCCCAUCCAACAAUACAGCCCCCACCCACGCACCAUCGUCAUCCUCGUCAUCCUCAUCAUGGUCAAAACGCACUUGGUCGGGCCCCGGCCAUUCGACGUAUGUGCCGCCAGAGCACCUGGCCAAGCCCGAUUAUCGAGAGGUGGCCCCCAUUCACGAGCUUCCCCCGCGAGAAUCACAUCCAAAGCCAGACUACCCCAUGGUCCCUCCGAUUCGGGAAUUCUCGCAUGCACCACCUCCACCGCCACCGCCAAAACCUAAUAGCUUGCCUCUGUUUCAUGGGACAACCACCGAGCAGCAGCGGCCUAUGCCUCCGGCACCCGCGCCCGCCCCAGCACCGACUCCCAUGCCGGCGUCCGCGAUGGACACCAGCAGUCCACAAACGCAGGCACGAAUGGCCCUCAAGAUUGAGCAUCAAUUAUCAGCCCGUACAGUGAACGUGGAAGAAACGGAAAAGGACAAGAUGAUUCGCGGCGAACUCUACCGGCCUUUCGAUCUGCAGCUGGUUGAGGAGAGGGAUCGGUGCAAGCGGGCCCUGUGGCGAUUCAACAAUGCAUGUAAUCCACACUAUGGAUUAAGCUCGAAAGAACAGAACCGUCUUCUCAAGGAAAUCCUGGUUCCCCCCUCAGGUUCAGUAGCCAGUUCCCCCUCUGGUGUCGCAUUGCCUCAUUCCUCGGGGUCGAUUGGACAGGGUGCAGUUGUGGAGUCUCCCUUCAACUGCCAUUAUGGAUACAAUAUUCAAAUCGGGGAAGAUGUGAUGAUACACCAGAACUGCCUUUUUGUCGACGACUGCGGCAUCAGCAUUGGCGCCCAUAGUUGGAUCGGCCCAAACGUCACACUCCUGAGCUCGAUGGCCCACUCCAGUAUGCAGGAGCGUAAAGGGUCCCAGAGUCGCUAUCAAGGCCGGCCUGUCAUCAUCGAGGAAGACUGUUAUUUAGGCGCGGGCUGCACCAUUUAUCCCGGAGUUCAUCUAAACCGAGGUGCCUAUGUUGCGCCUGGCGAGGUCGUGAAGACAGACAUCGUUGCUUAUGGGUUCCAAGGAUACAAGCCCAGUUAUAUGUGA